AUGGCACCGCGCAGAAGCCAUACAAAGUCCCGCAAGGGAUGCGAGGACUGUAAACGGAGGAAAGUCAAGCUUACACGUCAUGCCUCUCCCAAGUGUGACGAGAAACACCCAACAUGUUUCAAUUGCGCCCGUCACGGCAUACCAUGUGCCUACGCAGCGACGAAACAAGACACCCGGGUUGCCCCUCCGGCACCCAGUCGCCGGAGCCGGAGGGAGCGUCGUCCGUCGACCUCGGAGGCUCAACAACACGGAAGCGGCGAUCCCGGCGAUCCCGGCAGAACAGAGCAGCCAGCCACGACGCCCGCAUCCAUCGCCAGCAGCGGCAGCAGCGGUGACGUGCAUCUCGCCCUGGGCGGCGGGACGGAUUUUCUUCAGCUCGACUUCCGCCAGCGAGGCGGCAUCGUCCCGCCCUUGAAUGACAUGAACCUCGGCGGCCGCGAGCUCGAGCUCAUGCACCACUACUCUGUGAACACGGCCAACACCUUGGCCAUCCGUGACGACGUCCGCCACAUCUGGCGACACGUCAUCCCCGAAGAGGGCUACCGCCAUCCCUUCAUCAUGGACGGCAUGCUCGCCAUCAGCGCUCUCCACAAGUCUCUUCUCGUCCCCAGCAUGCGGCAAGACUACCUCACCCUGGCCGCUCACUAUCAGUCGUCGGGAUUAAAGGGGUACACGUUGCAGCUGCCCAACGUCACGAUCAAAAACUGGAUACCCGUCUUUUGCUUUGCCGGUCUCACCGUCAUCUACGUCUCGCUGCUGCCAGUCAGGUGCGAGAACCAUGUCCUGCCGGAACCUCUGCUCUCGAUGCUCGAGUUAUUUGCCGUCACUCGCGGCAUGCAAUCUUUCCUCGAGCCAUACCUCGACAACCUCGUGACGACGCGCUCCUAUACCGCCCUCGACCAGGCCUGCAUCCCCGGAGACACGUUCGCAGCCCUGUCACGGCUCCGCGCCGUACUGGCCGAGCAUGUCCCCGCCGACGCGCGCGAGGACUACCUCGAAGCCGUCGCCGCCCUCGAGCGAACGGCCGGGCUCAUCGCCGACGCCGGCAUGGACGUCGAUCCCGGCAUGGUCUUCAUCUGGGCCUACGAGGUCAGCGGCCGCGUGCUGGCCGACGUGCGAGGACGCGCGCCGGCGGCGCUGCUCCUGCUGGCGCACUACUGCGUGUUUCUGCGCAUCUUGGAGAGUCGCAUCUGGUAUUUUCGAGGCUGGGCCAAGCCGGUGCUGCAGAGCAUAGACGGGUUGGUCGCUGGAGAGCCUGACUUCGAGGCACUGAUGGAAUGGCCUCGAGGCCAGAUUUUGGGAUCGUCGGAGUUUUAG